AAGAAUAAAUUUUGGUAUUUUGAAUUUGGGACGUCUGAAACUUUCUCUGCAACUUGCAAAAAACUUCAUGAAGCAAUUGAAAUAGAAUGUGACGGCAUCCAAAUGGAUCUUGGAAAUAUCUCUCUGGAAGGAAUUGCUAUUCUGAACAUCCCGAGCAUGCACGGUGGCUCAAAUCUCUGGGGAGAGACCAGAAAAAGAAGAAUUAAUCGCAGACUUGAAAAGAAGACUCAAGAAAAGAGGAACACGGUGACCGAUGUAAAGGAGCUCAAAUUUGCAGCGCAAGAUCUAAGUGAUCAACUGUUGGAGGUGGUUGGCUUGGAAGGAGCAAUGGAGAUGGGACAGAUUUACACAGGGCUGAAAAGUGCUGGAAGACGUCUUGCACAAUGUUCCUCUGUGUUUAUAAGGACCACCAAGUCUCUCCCUAUGCAGAUUGAUGGGGAACCUUGGAUGCAGACACCUUGCACGAUCAAGAUCACUCACAAGAACCAAGCCCCUAUGCUAAUGGGACCUCCCCCGAGGAACAGUCUCUUUACAUCCUUCAUCAAAGGAACAAUGAGCAGAAACAAAGAGUGAAUUAUGUUAUGUAUAUACCUUCAAUGGACAUGUCGGCUUCAUACCAUGUUUUACUGGGCUUCAUAGCUGUAUUUGAAAAUAAUGGGCUUGUUUUUAAAUUUUUUAACUAUUAUGUUAACAUUAAGUUAUAAUUCUAAUUUAUUGUAAUGUUUUUUUGUA